AUGUUCACCGGUCUUGUUGAGAAAAUCGGGACUGUCUCGUCCCUCGAGCCUCUCGAUACCUCCUCAAGCGGGGGCGGGGGUACAUCCUUGACCAUCUCCGACUGUGAGGAGAUUCUCACAGAUUGCCAUCUCGGCGACAGUAUAGCCGUCAAUGGAACCUGCCUAACAGUAACCGCCUUCGACAAGACCUGGUUCAAGGUCGGCGUCGCCCCCGAAACCCUCCGCCGCACGAAUCUCGGCUCCCUGCAGACUGACUCCCGCGUGAACCUCGAACGCGCCGUGCUGGGUGAAACGCGCAUGGGCGGUCACUUUGUGCAAGGCCACGUCGAUACCAUCGCCAAGAUUCUUUCCGUGACGCCGGAGGGCAAUGCGCUGGUGUUCCGUAUGCAGCCGCGCGAUGUGGGCGUGAUGCGGUACAUCGUGGAGAAGGGAUAUGUCACGCUGGACGGGGCUAGUUUGACGGUGACGAAUGUUGUGGAUGGUCCGGAGGGGUACUUUGAGGUGAUGCUUAUUGCGUAUACGCAGGAGAAGAUUGUCACGGCGGCGAAGAAGCCUGGGGAUUAUGUGAAUGUGGAGAUUGAUAUUGUGGGCAAGUAUGUGGAGAAGAGUGUGCAGGGGUACUUUGCUGGUACUGCCGGUGGGGAUAUGAAGAUGUUGGAGAAGAUGGUGGAGAGGAUUGUCGAGGAGAAGUUGAGGAAGUAG